UCGGCAUGGUUGGUUCUUCAACACCAUGCCAUGACCCAGGAUUCCCGGCACGAGCUGGGAUUUUUCGGAAACCGGAUGGCUCGUCUUCCCCUCUCACGGCACGUUCAAAUCUAAAUUGGGAGUGAGGAGGUCUAUAUAAAGUUGCCGUUUUCCGAGUGUUUCAUGGACAGCCUCUCGUCACGCUUCCCAAGUUGCUCACCAAAUACACUUUUUAAAGCCGCCACAAUGGCCUCUGCCCUCAGGUCUACGGCGAUCGCAGCCCUUUUGGCCGUGUUUGUCGAUCACACCAGCGCUGCGGCCAUUGCAGCAGAAAAGUGCCCGACGCGUUUUGCGUGGGAGAAUGCCCAACUAACGGACGCGGCCGUCGCCAACAACGACCCCCUAUUUGGCUUUGGUGACGCCUUCAACUCCAAGGAUGAGGAGUGCAAAGCCAUGCCCGGCGAUGCCUCAUGGCCUUCCCAGCAAACCUGGGACAAAUUCAACACGGCCCUCGGCGGCGCCCUCACCGAGAUAGUACCUCUCGCCGCGUCGUGCUACAGCGACUGGCCUCAAUACGACGCGGCGGCCUGCGCGGACAUCACGGAGAACUGGAGCAGCCCCUACACGCACGUCAACGACCCUGCGUCAAUCAUGUGGCCCCUCUACCAGGGGCGGACGUGUCUGCCGACGGACGACCCGAACAGCAACUGCACCCUGGGCGGCUACGCGGCCUACUCGGUCGCGGCGACCGAGGUCAAGCAUAUCCAGCUCGCCCUCAACUUUGCCCGCAACGCCAACCUCCGCUUGGUGGUGAAGAACACGGGCCACGAUUUCGCCGCCAAGUCGGUCGGUGCCGGUGCGCUCUCCGUCUGGACGCACGAGCUCAAGGACAUUGAGUUUCUGGCCGACUACAACUGCAGGGGAUACAGCGGGCCCGCGUUCCGGAUGGGCAGCGGUGUGGUGGUAGAAGAGGCGUACGCUGCCGCCGAGGAGAACGAUGUCACCGUCGUUGGCGGCAUGUGCCGGACUGUGGGCCUCGCUGGCGGGUACACUGCCGGAGGCGGCCACUCGCCCAUGGCGGCUCUCGUUGGCAUGGCUGCUGAUCAAAUUCUGGAACUGAACGUUGUGCUUCCCGAUGGCCGGUUCGUCACAGCCAACGAGGAUGAAAACCCGGACCUGUACUGGGCUCUCCGUGGCGGUGGUGGCAGCACGUACGGUGUAGUGACUUCGGUGACUAUCCGGGCCUAUCCCAAGGUGCCCACUACAACCAUGACGUACUCGUACACCACGGGGCCGGACCUCCCGGCCGACAAGUUCUUUGAGGCCCUCGGGGUUUACAUGAGCUACUUCGACGCCUUCACCUCAGCCGGCGCGUUCGGCUACUUCCUCGUCGUCAGCUCAGGCCCCGGCGAGUUCGUCUUCAACAUGAUGCCCAUGUGGGGAGCCAACAUGACGAAGCCGCAGUUCACCUCGCUCGUGACCCCCUUCCUCGACGAACUGGCUGGCCUAGGCAUUGCCAUCACGCCCGUCAUUACUGAGUAUCCCACCAUGUACCAGGCCUACAACGGCACCUUCACGGGUGCCGAGUCGGUCGGCAGCUACGAUAGCCACGCGGCCUCGCGGCUCUUCCCCAAGGAGAACUUUGAGUCGGCGAAGCUCGCCGAUACGCUCGCGGCGGUGCGGCACGCAGUCGAGGGCGGCGGCACGCUGGUCGGCUACAACAUCCGGUCGGCGCCGAACCCCAGCAUCAACCAAGACAACAGCAUCAACCCGGCGUGGCGCAAGACGACGGGCUUCUUCAUCCUCGGGGCGUCCUGGGCUCCCGGCGCGACCGAUGAGGAGAUCCAGCAGGUCAGCGAGACGCUGACCACCGACUGGAUGGCGCGCUGGCGCGAGGUGUCGCCCGGCGCCGGCUCGUACAUGUCCGAGGGCGACAUCAACGAGCCCGACUUCCAGCAGGCCUUCUACGGCGCGCACUACGCCCGCCUGCUCGAGCUCAAGAAAAAGUACGACCCGACCGGCCUGUUCUACGCCCCGACCGCGGUCGGCUCCGAGGAUUGGUACGUGACGGACCAGCUGCCGUGGAUCCCCACGCAGAAUGGGCGGCUUUGCAGGAAGGUGUAGGUAGCCGCGUACAUC